AUGAAAGACGGUGACUACAGUAUAACCUGCGGUGAGGAUCAAUGGAUCAAGCUCUUUGUUUUCCUAUCAGUUGUGUUUCCCAGCGGUUCAUCCCUGCUGCUGGAGGCCAGUGACAACAACAACGCCCGAUCACAAGCCUCCGAGACCUCGCCCCUGGCCUCCACCCUUCCAACCUCCAGCCCAACUAACCCACGGUCCCCAGGUUCUGCUGCUGUAAACACAGCCUCAGACCACGCCCCCUCCGUAGGGCAGCAAGAGUCCCAGUCGACCACAGUUCCUGCUAGAGAGCAGCCAGGAAAUGGCCGCCAGACUCUCCUAGCAGACACCAGUCGAGGGAGUAGUGUUGCUAUGGCUACUGUUGUGGACGGUAACCGAGGUAACCAAGUCCAGACAGGUACAGCUGCUUAUCAAAUGGACGUAGAAACGGUCAUGGUGGAAGUGUCUUCACCUCCUCCUGGGACAGCCACCUCCUUCUCCGAUGUCACAGGAGGAACGGAGUCGCCGGCAGUCGAACACUUAUCGCACACACUCUCAGCCUCACUCCUCCCUACCGACACGGGUACCAUGGCAACCGCUAUGACCACGCACACAGAUCAACAAACAGCCACCCAGCAGAUGCAGACGGCUGCUUCAGCCGCUGAACGGCUCCACCCACCUGGUCCGGGUACUCAGGGUGCAGAAGAUGUGGAACUGGAGGAUUCCUGCUGA